UGUGAUUCAAGCAUAAUCCCACACAUUUUAUUUAGAUUAUAUUGAAAAUUUUAUUCCGAAAAAAAAACAGAGUUUUGUUUUCGCCAUUAUGAAAUAUUUGCCUCUACUCUCGCUUGUUUUUGUUUUCGUUUUGUUUGGAGUGCGAAAAUCGGUUGAAAAUUGAAAACUCCCAGAGCGGUUCUGGUGCUUUAAUAUGAGGAUAAUUUAACACUACAACUCAAGAUAUUUCGAUAAUUACCUAAAAACCUGAGCAUCAGCACCGAAAGGAAGAGAAAAUCGCUAAUGUUUUUACUAUUGUUGAUGUUUAUAAAACCAUUAAACAAAGGAUGUUUACAAAUUAGAACCAACAGCAGAUGGCGCGCAGGUGGGCAUGUUUGGGUGGGCGUAGAGGGUAGGAUCUACCACCCCUGUGCCUGCACCCUCCCUGGUGGAUAUUGAUUUAAUUCGCUAACACGUAGGUAUAAUCAAACUGAUCAUUCUGGAAAAUUAAAUACAAGACUACAGCUGGAUGACUAAGUCCCAACAAAAAAUGCGAGUUCCCGUUGCUGAUUGUAGGCAUUUCAACCCCAAUGCCAAGACAGAUGUGGAAAAGUAAUAGAUAAUUAGUUGUAAAAUAUAAUGUAAUAAGAUGUAAAACAUAUGUAUACUAAUAAAUACACAGUUUAAAUAAUCAUUUCUGCUUUUCUAUUCGUAACAUUUUUUUCCGAAUAAUCUAACCUCAAACAGCGAUACCGCACUCGAAAUAAUGGGGGUUUAUUACCCAUUUUUUGAUUUGCUAUCAAGUGUAAAAUAUACCCAUUUUUUGAAGUUCGUGGCUAAUACCCAUUAAUGGGUAAACGGCAAAUACCCAUUUAAUGGGUUAAGCCACUUUAGUUUGAAAUGGGUACUAAAGUACCCAUUAAUGGGUAUUUUCAAACUAGCGUGUGUUUACUUCGAGCUGCGAGGUGGACCACAACAAGGACCACAAGGAGGACGAAUUAACAAAUUCUCGCUGGGAUCGAUGCUGCGUGAACUGCAGGGAUACAAGAACCACAUCUUCGACAUGAAGCAGAUCGGAAGAAACAAAAUCAUGGUUGUGUUCAACAGCUACAUCAAGGCGAAUGCUAUCGUGGAAUUCAUCAACAACGAAAAUGGUAUGUACACGGCGUACAUUCCAAAGCAUGUCGUUUGCAUAUCAGGAGUAAUAGCAGGAAUCCCGAACGAUAUCACCACUGAACAGAUCUUCACGGACCUUCAGAGCGAAGUUCCUGUCGUCGACGUUUACCGUCUAAACCGCUACGUCAAUGGAGAGAAACAACCCUCAAACCUUGACUCAAACCGAGUUUCAAUCACGUUCCGAGCGAGCCGACUGCCAGAAAGAGUUCGACUGUUUUGCUGUGUAAGCAAAAUCCAACCGUUUGUGCAGAAAGUUGUUUUCUGCAAAAAGUGCUUGAGGUACAACCAUAAAGCUGAAAACUGCAAGGGUUUCCGGAGAUGUCAGACAUGCAGCGAGCGACACGAAGAGGAACCGUACGACAACUGCCAACAACAGAAGAAAUGCUUGCAUUGCAAAAAACCACACAACACAGGAAGCGUUGGUUGCCCAGAGCGACUACGACAGCAGCAAAUAAAAUCCAUAAUGGCGAAAAAGAACUACACGUUCGUCGAAGCACGAGAGAUGGUAUCGUUCACCUCGAACAACAUCUUUGAACCACUGAACUCACUGCAAGAUAUGCCGACAUUGGCGGAAACAUUAUCGGGAAGCAGCGAUCUGAAAGCACAAUGGCAACAAACGAACAACCCAAGAGUACCAAUCACACCGGCGGUGAAGCUGUACACGGAGAAAAAGAAGAAACCUCAGAACAAGCGAAAGAGACCAGCAACUACGGAAUCAACGAUGGACUCCCCAGAGCCAUUGCCUGGACCAUCAGGCACGUCAAAAAUCAACCAAGAAGAGAACGGAGUUGUAUUGCACAACCCGCACAAGGUGUACGAGAUGGAGAAAUGGAAGACCAUGUUGCAGGACAACAGAAGGAACAUUGAAGCAAGUGUUACCAACAAAUACCAAAACAAAGCCAUGAGCUUCUAUUCGGAGCUUAUCAGUGACGAAAGUGUCAGCUGCGAAAUGAAGGAAAAAGUAAAGCAAGCAGUACAGAAGCAUUUUGAACUAAAGCAAACGAUAAUUUAGAGUUAAUUGAAAACCGUAUCAACUAGGGAAAUAAAUAAGAAAAUAAGUGUCUCAAUGGAGGGUAAAAUCAAAAUAAUACAGUGUUAUAUCCAAAGUUUGAAAAACAUAGAGAGGAGUUACAAAGAGUGUUGAUAGGGGAAGACUAUUCAGUAGCGUUGUUACAAGAAACGUGGACUCAAGAGUUAUAUGAGAUUAGUACUCGUUAUAAAAUAUCAGGAUAUCAUAGUGUUUUUGAUUCGCGAGAGGAUGGUUAUGGUGGAUCAGCGAUCUUCAUAAAAAACAGUUUUAACUAUAGAAAGGUGGUAAUCGAUAAUUUGUCAGGGAAUAGUCAGGCAGUAGCAAUUGCUAUACCAAAGAGCCAAAUCGUAGUGGUAUCCGUAUAUCUAGCUCCAUCAGUUACAGCUGAAGAUUUCGAAGAAGACAUCACAAAAAUUUUUGAAUCCUUGGGAAACUACAGAAAAGUUAUUAUAGGCGGUGACUGGAAUGCUCACCAUAUCGCAUGGGGAAACGCAAGCUGCGAUAGAAAAGGUGGUAUAUUUAUGGAGUUGGUGAACCAAUAUAACUGGCUGGUUCUGAACGACGGACAAAGCACAUUUGUAGCCGUACAACUGAACAGACGAAGCACAGCAAUUGACGUAUCACUCUGCUCUGCCGAUCUGUACGGAGAGCUCCAAUGGACGGCACUGGAGUAUGGAGUGGGUAGCGAGCACAUGGCGAUACGAAUCGCUGCGAAUCACGAGCAGUCAUCAAAAGGAGACAAAUGGAUAUACAACAGGAAGAAAAUUUACGACCAACUAACGACCCUGGACCACACGGAGGUCCUGGGAAGAUUUAACUGGAAAGGUGCAACGAAUCUACAAGAAUAGCAGAAAACGUGAUGAACGGACGCCGAAAUAUUGGUGGUCACCGGAGGUAGAGGAAGCGUGGAAAACGAAAACCCAAGCAAGAAGAUAAUUCAACAAAGUUGGCAGUUUGGACAAUUUGAUAAAAUUCAAAAAAGCGUCGGCUCUAUUCCAGAGGCGGAAGAAGGUGGAAAAGGAAGCCAAGUGGAAGGAAUUCGUAGAGCACUCAGAGUUAGCAGAAAAGUUUCUGGAUCUACAUUUUGGUCAAAACAACCAGGUAGAUACGAGCGGUCUAGGAGGAUCGUUUGCUAACUACGACAUUCUCGAUGAACCAAGGUGGAAAAACAUUAUCGAAUCUAAAAAUUCAAACUCUGCACCCGGAGAAGACAAGAUUAUGUACGGAAUGCUGCGACAAUUGCAACCUGAGGUAGUGCAGAUACUACUAGAGGAUCUCAACGGACAAUGGCGAAGAGGUUAUCCUGGAGAAAUGCUGAAAACAAUAAAGGUCGUAGCCAUUCCAAAAAUCGGAAAGGAUCAGUCGACGUUGGAGGGAAAACGACCAAUAUCCCUGGUUCCAACUUGUACCAAAGUUGUAAAUACAGCGGUAUUGGAAGAGCUCAAAGUCGUUUUGGAAGUUAGGAAUAUACUUCCACCAAAAUCAUUUGGAUUCCGUAAAGGGUUGUCCACAAACACAUGUGUGUCAUAUGUCAUCAACAAGAUAAUGGGAAACAAGAGAGAUGGACAUCUGACGAGUAUCAUAUUUGUGGACCUCAACAACGCUUUCUGCAGCGUCAAGGUGAACACAUUGCAGAAGAUCAUGUCGGAGAAUCGAGUCCCCUCGGAAUUAAACCAACAAUCAAUAUGAAACUGGAAAUUCGCCCUUGACGCCAGUUUCAUCAUUUUUCAAUAACCCCAUUCCCCCAGUACAUCUAUUUUGAAUGGCCAUAAGGAGGCGGCGCUUUUGACGCGUCGUACUGUCAACCGUAUUUUUCUCCGUUCGUUGAAAACAUUUGAAAAUUAUAUUCACACAAGGAUAACGCUUGCAGAUCCCGAGUAUCCCUGGAUCAAUUAACACUCUGCCUGAAACGCGGUCAUAAGCAAGGUCCUAAAAAAGUUCCCUUUAAUACCAUCGAAAUGGCCUGUCCGGAUCUUUCAUUCAAGCUAUCGGUUUCGCAAGUAAUGCCAGACGCAUCCGCAGCAGAAGUCAUGGGUGUCGUCUCCGUGGAUGUCGAGGAAUCAUGGGUCGGGAUCUUGAGAGAAGGUCAGCCUUUCACUGAAUGUUAACGAACGUGUUAGCCGAUGAGGAGCAGUUCAAGAUGGAAUUGAGCGCAGCGGAACCGAUUCGUGACCGUUAUUAACCCUCGAGCGAUCGCGCUGUUGUAUUUUGUACAACACGAUGAAAAAAUCUCGCUUUUUGUACUCAGCAUUAGCGUGGUGCUGACGCAGGUAGUCAACCACGCGAGUUACGGAAGGUUAAAAAUAGUGAAUAA